CUUAAUCCCUUGUCUGCUUCUGAUUCUCCAUGGCGUCUCCGGCGACCUCCUCCUCUCUCUUUCUUCCACUUCUGCUUCUGGUGGCUCUGUUUCUCGCUUAUGGCGGCGGCGGCGCUCAGGCGAAGAGGGUCAUCCGCAUGCCCACCGAGAGGGAAGAACCGGACGACGAUGCCGUCGACAGAGAAGGAGGAACCAGAUGGGCGGUUCUCGUCGCCGGUUCAAAUGGGUUUGGAAAUUACAGGCAUCAGGCGGAUGUGUGCCAUGCGUAUCAGCUGCUGAGAAAAGGUGGAAUAAAGGAAGAAAAUAUAGUGGUGUUUAUGUACGAUGAUAUAGCCUCGAAUGUGCUCAAUCCCAGGCCUGGAGUUUUAAUCAAUCACCCACAGGGUCAGGAUGUCUAUGCUGGCGUCCCCAAGGAUUACACAGGGAAACAGGUCACUGCCCAGAAUCUUUAUGCUGUGCUGCUUGGAAACAAGAGCGCUCUGAGUGGAGGAAGUGGGAAAGUUCUGGACAGCAAACCCAACGACCGGAUUUUCUUGUUCUAUUCCGACCACGGCGGUCCCGGAGUUCUCGGAAUGCCAAACUCGCCUUUUGUCUAUGCCAUGGACUUGAUUCAAGUUUUGAAGAAGAAACAUGCUGCUAAGGGCUACAAAGAGAUGGUUAUGUAUAUAGAAGCUUGCGAAAGUGGAAGUAUUUUUGAGGGCAUAAUGCCAAAGGAUUUGAACAUAUAUGUAACCACAGCAUCAAAUGCUCAAGAGAGUAGCUUUGGAACUUACUGCCCGGGAAUGCAGCCGUCGCCACCGCCCGAGUACAUGACAUGCUUAGGAGACUUGUAUAGUGUUGCCUGGAUGGAAGAUAGUGAGACCCACAAUCUGAAGAGGGAAACAAUAGAUCAACAAUACCAGACUGUGAAGAAAAGGACGUCAAAUCCCAUUGGCUUGAAUGAAGGAUCUCACGUGAUGGAAUAUGGAAACUCGAGCAUUAAAGCAGAGAAGCUGUACUUGUAUCAGGGAUUUGACCCUGCCUCCGUGAAUUUGCCUCCUUUCAAUGGUCACCCUCAAAUGCGUAUGCAGACGAUUAACCAGAGAGAUGCAGACCUUUUUUCCCUCUGGCAAAGGUACAGAAAACUUGGAGAUGAAACAACCGAGAAAGCCCAGAUUCUGCAGGAAAUAAGAGAGACUGUGGCACACAGAGCUCACUUGGAUGGAAGCAUCAGAGUGAUUGGAUUCCUCCUGUUUGGACCAGAGGAGGGUUCGGGUUCGGGUUCGGGUUCAAACGUUCUUGAUGAUGUGAGACCUUCUGGCUCGCCGCUCGUGGACGAUUGGGAGUGCCUGAAAUCAAUGGUGAGAGUGUUCGAGACCGAGUGCGGGCAGCUGACCCAAUACGGGAUGAAACACAUGCGGGCAUUCGCCAACAUCUGUAACAGAGGGGUUUCGGAAGCUUGGAUGAGGGAAGCUUCGAUGGUGGCGUGCAACGGGCGCGGGCGUGAUCCUUGGCGUCAAGGUGGUGGUUAUAGUGCUUGAAAAUGGAAUGGAUGGAUCAGAACACCAAUACCCAUGUGUACAAAAUGUGGCUGAAUCUUGAAAGAUUUUCAUAUUUCAUUUGAUAAGUGUGGGUGUGUGUGUUUUUAGUUCAGUUGGUUAGGGGUUACUGCAUCGCCGAUCAUCAGUUGGUAGCUUUAUAAGCUAGUUGAGUUGAAUUAAAGUAUUGACAGUAAUUGUGUUUUAUAUAUAAAAAGCAAAUAACCAAGCAUCUGUUUGUGUUUGGGGGAAGAAUCAAAA